AUUGAAUGUAUCCAUAGUCAUUCCCAAAAAUUGGCCAAGAAAAGAAACCCUUACUCUUUCUGUGUCACACUCCCCGGCGGUCCCCUGCCUCAAAUCUUGAGGGCUUUGUUUCUGCAGUGCUUGGCAUGGAGGAGAGAAUCACAUCAACGGUGAGAGUCGCCAACAUUCCGCAAACCGCCAUAGCCUCGGAGCUCCUAGCCUUUCUCGAGUCGGCGGUGGGUCAAGAUUCCGUCUUCGCUGUUGAAAUCUUCACGGAGCACAUGAACUGGAAAUCCAGAGGCCACGGCCGAGUUCAGUUCGAGUCCCUCCAGGCGAAGCAGCUCGCCCUCUCCCUCUCCGACCAACGCCGCCUCGCUUUCAAAGGCUCCCGCCUCUCCGUCACCCACUCCCACAAUGACAUCAUCUUCAGGCCGGCCAAGCCCGAUCACAGGUUCAGGAAUGGGACCCUUUAUGCUGGGUUUAUGGUCCAGCGUGAGACCUUGUGGUUUAUGGAGUCCUGGGAAAGCGUCAUGACCUGGAUUAAUCCAGAGAGGAGGACUAUCGAGUUCUUUCUCAACAGCCAUGGCGGCGAGUGUUACAGGCUUGAAGUCCAGUUUGGGGAUAUUGUGGAGACGUGCCGGUGCUCUCUUCGUGGUGAGAGUCGCAAUGCUUUUCUUCUUAAGAUCAAAUUUGCUCCAAAGAUAUAUCGAAAAGUUUACGGAAACCACAUAGUGUCAAAGUUCUCCACUGACCGGUACCACAUCUGCAAAGAAGAUUACGACUUUCUCUGGGUUCGCGCAACGGAUUUUUCAGAUGUGAAGUCUAUUGGAUAUUCAUCGUCUCUGUGUUGGGAAUUUGAAGGAGUAUCCGUCUCUGAUAUAUUUUCCAGUAUCCCAUAUUACAAUAGAGAUGUGCUAGAUAUACUUCUUGAAAAAGUAGAGUUUCCUUCCACCACAUCUGCCCUUGUUCCACUUGUGAAGCCCCCGUCUGAUUGUACACUGGCAUACGAGAUCCUUUUUCAGCUUAACUCCCUUGUACACAUGCAAAAAAUCAGUCUUGCUGCAGUUGAUAAUGAACUGUUUGAGUUUCUUAGCGGAUUGCAUUUUGACACGGCCUUGGCAGAAUUAAAAAGCAUGCAUACGUUGCAAUCAGUUUGCUACGAACCAAAGGCNAAGAUUUAUUGCCUGGGUCCUGAGCUUGAGACUUCCAAUUACAUUGUUAAAAACUAUGCUUCUUAUGCUUCAGAUUUCCUGAGAGUAACUUUUGUAGAAGAAGAUUGGGGCAAGCUUUCUCCUGGUGCUGUUUCUACAAGCAUUUCACAAGGAAUCUUCGCAAAGCCUUACCGGACUGAGAUACAUGGUCGCAUAUUGUCUGUUCUCCGAGACGGAGUCACUAUUGGAGCCAAACAUUUUGUUUUUCUUGCUUUCUCGGCGAGUCAGCUGCGUUCAAAUUCUGUUUGGAUGUUUGCUUCUAAUGAGCAUGUCAAAGCAGAGGAUAUCAGAGAAUGGAUGGGAUGCUUCACCAAGAUUCGAAGUGUCUCAAAGUGUGCAGCAAGGAUGGGUCAAUUGUUCAGCACCUCAACGCAAACAGUGGAGGUUCAGCCACAGCAUGUUGAGGUCAUUCCUGAUAUUGAAGUGACCUGUGAUGGUGUUGAGUAUUGCUUCUCGGAUGGCAUUGGUAAGAUUUCCCAUACUUUCGCAAAGCAAGUUGCCCUGAGCUGUGGGUUGGAUCAUAUUCCAUCAGCAUUUCAAAUCCGUUAUGGUGGGUAUAAGGGUGUAAUAGCAGUUGACAAGACUUCUUUCCACAAGCUAUCUCUACGCCGCAGCAUGCUUAAAUUUGAUUCAAAGAAUAUGAUGCUUAACAUAACCAAGUGGAGUGAUGCCAUGUCUUGCUACUUGAACCGUGAGAUUGUUGUCCUCCUAUCAACCCUUGGGAUAGCCGAUGAAGUUUUUGAGGAAAUGCAAGAGGGCCAUCUGCUUCGUUUGGGUAGAAUGCUGACAAACCGACAAGCAGCGCUAGAAGUCUUGGAUGGCAUGGGUGGUGGUGAGAUCAAGAGAGUCCUGGUGAAAAUGCUUCUUCAAGGGUAUGAGCCUAGUGUGGAGCCUUACCUCUCAACCAUGCUUCUAUCACAUUAUGAAAAUCAGCUCUCUGACCUAAAAACCAGGUGCCGUAUAUCUGUACCCAUGGGUCGAAUUGUGGUGGGGUGCUUGGAUGAAACAGGGAUUUUGAACUACGGACAGGUUUAUGCUCGUUUGACUUUGACCAAGACCGAACUGCGGCUUGGGGAACAGAGUUUCUUUCAUAGAGUGGAUGAUACAACUGCAAUAGUGAAAGGCAGGGUUGUUGUGACAAAAAACCCUUGUCUUCAUCCUGGAGAUGUCAGAGUACUAGAGGCUGUCUAUGAGGUCGUACUAGAAGAGAAGGGCCUUGUGGAUUGCAUUGUUUUCCCUCAGAAAGGAGAUAGGCCUCAUCCAAAUGAAUGCUCUGGUGGAGAUCUUGAUGGAGACAUAUACUUCAUAAGCUGGGACAAAAAUCUCAUUCCAAAUCGGACUGAGGAGCCCAUGGACUACACUGGAAGAAGCCAGCGAAUAAUGGACCAUGACGUAACCAUGGAGGAAAUUCAGAGGUUUUUCGUUGAUUACAUGAUCAAUGACACGCUUGGGGCCAUCUCCACUGCACAUCUGGUACAUGCAGACCGUGAACCACAAAAAGCUCUGAGUUCAAAGUGUCUUGAGCUAGCAAAGCUCCACUCUAUGGCCGUUGACUUUGCAAAAACAGGAGCCCCAGCUGAGAUGCCCAGGCAUUUGAAACCCAGGGAGUUUCCUGACUUCCUGGAGAGAUGGGAAAAGCCAAUGUACGUCUCGGACAACGUACUGGGAAAACUAUACCGUGCGGUCAAGAAGUCAACCGGGCAUCCGAGAGCGACGGGUAAUCGGAACGCGUACGACGAGGAUCUCAUAGUGGAUGGGCACGAAUCAUUCCUUGCGACCGCUGAAGCUCACAAGCAAAUGUAUUUGGGCAAAAUGGGAAGCUUGAUGAACUACUAUGAAGCAGAGAGUGAGGUGGAGAUACUGACUGGGAAUAUAAGGAACAAGUCGACCUAUCUGCUGCGGGACAACAGGAGAUUCUUCGAGCUGAGGGACCGAAUCGUGGGUUCGGCCAAGAGCCUACACAGGGAGGCCAAAGGGUGGUUCCAUGGUAGCUGCCAGAGCAGUGAAUGUGUGAAGAAGCUGGCAUCAGCUUGGUAUUUUGUGACGUAUCAUCCCAAGUAUUGGGACACAAGUGCUAAUUGCCUAGGUUUUCCCUGGAUUGUGGGAGAUGUUUUGCUUGAAAUCAAGUCACUCAGGCGCUGAAUGAAAGCUUUGCCUGCUUUUGUAAGAUUUCUAUGCAUCUUGUUCAGUUUUGUGUACUGCGAAUAUGACAGCCCUUCUGUAUCUUGUAUCUAAUGCAAAUAUGAAAUCGUUAAUGGUAUGUUUGGGAACAUGGAUUUGGAUUUCAAAUCCGGAUUUGGCUUAAAUUCCAUGUUUGGGAAACUUAAGCAUUUUGAAUUUGGAUUUGAAUCAAAUUCUUUACAUUCAAAACCAAGCUUAAUUUGAAAUCCAUGCACCUCCCCUUGUCAUUUGAAAUUCAGGAUUUCAAAUUUUGGAAUUGAAAUACAUGAAUUGAAAUGAAAUGUUAGUUGUCAA